UUGCGUCUGUUCACCUAUCUCAAAACUUGCUCUCUGGCUUCCUGGCGCCCAGUUUCCCUUUCAGCCUGGUAACAUGAUGGCGGCGCCUCUUAUGCCAGACUCAACGCACCCCCGUCGCAGAAGGAAGAGCUACACUUUCUUCUGGUGCUCCUUGGGCAUCUAUGCUGAGGCCCUUCUGUUUCUGCUGUCUCGUUUAUCUGAUGCCUGUGAACUACCACCGCCAUUUGAAGCUAUGGAACCCAAGGGUACACCUAAACUCUUUUAUGCGGUUGGAGAGAAAAUAGAAUAUAAGUGUAAAAAAGGAUACCUGUAUCUGUCUCCAUACCUGAUGAUUGCUACCUGUGAGCCAAAUCAUACAUGGGUCCCUAUUUCAGAUGCUGGUUGUAUUAAAGUUCAAUGUACUAUGUUACAGGACCCUUCAUUUGGCAAAGUAUACUACAUAGAUGGCAGCUUUUCAUGGGGUGCUCGAGCUAAAUUUACUUGUAUGGAAGGUUAUUACAUAGUUGGUAUGUCAGUUCUACACUGUGUGCUUAAAGGUGAUGAUGAAGCAUACUGGAAUGGCUAUCCCCCACAUUGUGAAAAGAUUUAUUGUUUACCACCUCCAAAAAUAAAAAAUGGAACACACACCCUUACUGAUAUAAAUGUAUUCAAAUACCAUGAAGCAGUAAGUUACAGUUGUGAUCCUAACCCAGGGCCAGAUAAGUUUUCCCUUGUUGGAACAAGCAUGAUAUUCUGUGCUGGCCAUAACACCUGGAGUAACAGCCCUCCGGAGUGUAAAGUGGUAAAAUGUCCAUUUCCAGUACUACAAAAUGGAAGACAGAUAUCAGGAGCUGGAGAAACAUUUUCCUAUCAAGCAACAGUGAUGUUUGAGUGUUUGCAAGGAUUUUACAUGGAAGGCGGUAGCAUGGUGAUCUGUAGUGCUAAUAAUUCUUGGGAGCCAGCUAUCCCAAAAUGUCUUAAAGGUCCUAGGCCUACUCAUCCUACCAAGUAUCCAGUUUAUAAUUAUCCAGGAUAUCCUAAUCCCCGUGAAGGAAUAUUUAGCCAAGAAUUAGAUGCAUGGAUUAUUGCUUUGAUUGUUAUUAUAUCAAUUGUUGGAGUUUUUAUACUUUGUCUCAUUGUGCUCAGGUGUUUUGAGCAGAGGAAGAAAAGAAAUGUAUCUGCAGCAAGAUGAAAAUCUCAUGUGUGGAAGUCAUUACUGUUCCAUUUUUGAAAACUGGAUCUUCAAGUCUGGCAAACGCAAAAUUAUAUAUUUGCAGGAGCUUCAUUUGUGGUAAUGUGUGUGUUUCUAGUGUAAAUCAAAUCUGUGUUUAUAAAUACAAUCUGUGUCUAACCUCUCUACUAUA